GAAUCUGUAGUUGCAGGUGAAAUUAAUUAAUAGCAGCAUUAGACCAAGUUUUUAUAAGGUAGAGAGCUGUGCGCGUGGCGAUUUCUGCCAGCUAUUUCCGGGACUGUGCUUGCCGUACGGUGACGUUUGCGUUUGCUCCAAAAUGUCUCUAGAGAUUAAAGGAGUACGCAACACGAGUUUUAUUUGCGGGUUGCCUGUGGGAGGGACCCGGACGCUCCAGGUAUAAACUUUGAGGUUCGGUGCGUAUUAUCUUGAAAAGAAGACACCAUGGGCCUAACCAUCAGCAGUCUGCUCACUCGCCUUUUUGGCAAAAAGCAAAUGAGAAUCCUAAUGUUGGGACUCGACGCAGCUGGAAAAACUACCAUCCUGUACAAGUUGAAAUUGGGUGAAAUCGUUACUACAAUACCAACCAUUGGAUUCAACGUUGAAACUGUUGAAUACAAAAACAUCUGCUUCACUGUGUGGGAUGUCGGUGGCCAAGAUAAAAUUCGACCACUCUGGAGGCACUACUUUCAAAAUACCCAAGGACUCAUCUACGUUGUGGACAGCAAUGACAGGGAGAGAAUCGCUGAAGCUGAACGAGAACUUGCCAAUAUGUUGAAGGAAGAUGAACUACGGGAUGUUGUACUACUCGUCUUUGCUAACAAACAGGAUUUACCAAAUGCUAUGUCUGCAGCAGAGCUAACUGAUAAGUUAGGUUUGAAUUCUUUGAGAGGUAUUCAUUGGUAUAUUCAAAGUACUUGUGCGACCCAAGGACAUGGCCUCUAUGAGGGUCUCGAUUGGCUAAGCAACGAACUUGCUAAAAAGUGAUAACUUUAAUUUUGAAUAUGCAUAACAAGAUCGUCGAUUCAUUUGUCAGGCAUGGACGUAACUAAGGAGGAUUUGGAUCUUGUAGAAUUUUAUUAAUCUACAUGACCAUGUUAAUAUCAUCUUUGCCUUUCAUUCAGGCUGUAACUGUCAUAAUUGAAUUUCAUAUACAAUCAGUUCAAAUCAUUGUGAAUACUUUAUACUUUAUGAAAUACUCUAAUUGAGAUCAUCCGUACUCUAUCGAAAGUAUAAAUAAAAUAAUGUAUUCAUCUCUAUCACCUAGAGAACUCAUGCAUCGAAGAUACAACUAGGUCUGAUUAUAAAGAUGUCUAUGUUAUAUGAAAUCCAUGUUAUGUUGCAUACAUGAAAACUCAUCUGAAUGUGACGCGUUAUAAGGCUAUAAUCCAAAAUUUAAUUAAUAAUGUUUGAAUUAAUAUCCUUUUUGCACUUCAUCCCUGAUUGAACCACAUCAAUAACUAUAUAUAUUUUAUUAAUAAAAAGUAGCCUGCGCUAAUGAUGUAUCAUUCCACUUAUCAUUUAUAUUUCUUGGAGAAAUAAUAAAAAAAACAGGAUCUAUAAUGUAUCGAUGUAUGCUGUAACAAUUUUAUUUUUUAAAUGAUACAUCUCUGCAAUGUUUCCUACUAUUCUGAAUAAUCUCAUAUACCGAAUACAUCUAUGGGAUAAAGUAUUUGUACCAAUUUUGAAAAAUCUCUAUAUCGAUAUGCAGAAGCUUGCGUGAUUUUUCUCCACGUCCAUGCCGUCUUUUUAAGAACGACAUAUGGUGUAGAAUUCGACCUUCAUACACGCAGACUGUUUGUACUAUGAUUAAAAAAAUGAAAUGUAAGAAUAGUUUAAUAUUAACACAUAAGGUUUGAAGAGGAAUAUUUGAAAAAUUUUAAUUGAAUUCGCACGGAUUCCAUUCGGGAUCCAUGCAUUCAUUUAUAAUGAAGAUAACGGUUAGUAUUUUAAGAGUGCAAGCCUCUAAGCCGAUGAGAAAAUAAAUAAAGUAUAUUAUACCAAA